AGUCGCCACCAGAUGAUCAGACCUUUGGAAUCUCUUAAAUCACGGUAGAGAAGACGGUUCUUAUUCCCAGGAUGGUCAAGGACAAGGAGGGUAAAAUUAUUAAGUGUGUAUUAAGUUACCGGUAAUGUUCCUCGUUAAUGAAAGGAUUCCAUAUAAGAAGUUUUGAAGAUUAAAAGGACUGAACACUGUUAUUUGGUGAAGAGAUUGGGUUAAUUGAGGAAAGUAAUUAGAGGAACUGUACGAUGAAUAAUUACGGUGAAUCUGUUUGGGUUGUUAAAUAUGGCCGGUGUGUGGUUGCCAGGGAACGAGUGUGAGAGGUGAGGGUAAUUCGUCUUCCUCUGAACAGGAGUGUAUGACAGGUAUUGAUCACAGGAUUACGGGUCUCUACCUCCCUCCUCCCUCCCCCUGAACGUGUGUGUGUGUGUGUGUCGCUCAUCGCACAUAGACAAGUUUAAUAUUCUCGUUAAGGACACACGAGGACGAGACCGUGUGUCCUCGAACUAACUAAAGGACGAGGCCACAAGAGGAGACUCACCCUCUCAUUAGCCACUAUCGUCUCCAGAAGCCACCACGAUGACCUCUGAGGGCUCUUCCUACCAGAUCAUCUACGACGCCGCCACCAACAUGAGCUAUAUCAACCUGGACCUCGCGCCUCUCAACUGCUCCUACCUCAACUGGACGGAGGGCCUCAACGUGAGCAACUGCAGCGGGGAGGUGUUCGAGGGUCGGGUCUUCCCCAUCCUCAACGAGACGGUGCAGAGGAUGACGCUGCUCUUCCUGGCUCUGGCGUUCAUCCUGGGUCUGUGCGGCAACACCCUCGUCAUCUACGUCGUCGCCAGGUUCUCCAAGAUGCAGACGGUCACCAAUCUGUACAUCCUGAACCUGGCUAUAGCGGACAUGCUCUUCGUCGUGGGGAUCCCCUUCCUCAUGACCACCACCGCCAUGGAGUACUGGCCCUUCGGCUUCGUCAUGUGUAAACUGUUCAUGAUCACGACGUCCCUCAACCAGUUCACCAGUUCACUCUUCCUCACCAUCAUGAGCGCUGACCGGUACAUCGCCGUCUGUCACCCCAUCAGCGCCCCCAAGUUCCGGACGCCCAUGAUCUCCAAGCUGGUCUCCCUGACGGCCUGGAUGAUCUCCGCCCUCAUGAUCAUCCCGGUGUUCAUGUACUCCAACAUCCUGAAUGACAGUAACGAACAAGCGAGCUGCAACAUCUACUGGCCAGACUCAGUGGGUGUCAAUGGCCACACCGCCUUCACCAUCUACUCCUUCGUCUUGGCGUUUGGCUGCCCCUUCGCCCUCAUCUUUAUCUUCUACUCGCUGGUCAUCCUCAAGCUGAAGACGGUGGGGGCGAAGACCAAGACAAAGAAGAGGAAGAGCCACAGGAAGGUGACCAAGCUGGUGCUGACGGUGAUCACGGCGUAUGUGUUGUGUUGGCUGCCCUACUGGGUGCUCCAGCUCAUCCUCACCUUCAGUAUGCCUAAACAGGUCCAAAGUCGCGUCAUGAUCAUUUUCUUCCUCAUCUCCUCCUCGCUCUCCUACAUCAACUCCGCCAUCAACCCCAUCCUGUACGCCUUCCUCAGCGAGAACUUCAAGAAGAGUUUCUUAAAGGCGUGUACCUGCGCCGCCAGGAAGGACAUCAACAACGCCCUGGCGGCUGAGAACUCCAUGUUCCCCAGGAGACGAGGAGGCUCCUGCAAGCCUCCCAGGGCAAAGGAACCGAAGGAGGUUGCGUCCCACGACGGGUGUGUGAGGGAGGAGGUGAUAGUGCCUCUGUCUGCUACACGGCGACCACUGGUGCCCCGCGACGACGCCUUCCUCAACGGCAGACCCCUCACCUCACACCUCUAGACCAGAGGUGAAGGCUUCGUCAUCCUGUGGGACUGAGGCAGAUAAUACCAUAGUGUGACCUACUGACAACUCACAGUCCCUUCCUGACGAUGUUAUGGUGAUGUUAUUAGCUCACAACACUGAAGGGAGAUGGCUGGUGUUGUGUCAUUAGCUCACAACACUGAAGGGAGAUGGCUGGUGUUGUGUCAUUAGCUCACAACACUGAAGGGAGAUGGCUGGUGUUGUGUUAUUAGCUCACAACACUGAAGGGAGAUGGUUGGUGUUGUGUCAUUAGCUCACAACACUGAAGGGAGAUGGCUGGUGUUGUGUCAUUAGCUCACAACACUGAAGGGAGAUGGUUGGUGUUGUGUCAUUAGCUCACAACACUGAAGGGAGAUGGCUGGUGUUGUGUUAUUAGCUCACAACACUGAAGGGAGAUGGCUGGUGUUGUGUUAUUAGCUCACAACACUGAAGGGAGAUGGUUGGUGUUGUGUCAUUAGCUCACUACACUGAAGGGAGAUGGUUGGUGUUGUGUCAUUAGCUCACAACACUGAAGGGAGAUGGCUGGUGUUGUGUCAUUAGCUCACAACACUGAAGGGAGAUGGCUGGUGUUGUGUCAUUAGCUCACUACACUGAAGGGAGA